CAUUAACGAAAGCACAACAACAUUAACGAAAGCACAAUUACAAAUUAGGAAAGCACAACAACAUUAACAAACCGGAAAAGGUAGGUCCCAGUGGGAAAACCUGGGAAAUCGCUGAUUGGACGACGCCACUUUUGGCUUUUGAACCGGAAGUUAUGGCGUGCGCUCGGCGGCAAGACAGUCAUAUCGCUAUGUAUUGUCCUAACUGCGGGAAAGAGCUGGUUGAGCUGUCACCAAACUUUUGCAGCAACUGUGGCAAGAGGAUUCAAGAAAUAUGUGUCGGAAGUACUCCACAGCCUUCAACACGACAGACUAUUCCACCCUGCCCGACUCCAGCCUUCAGCACCUUCCUAGAAUAUCAACAAAAGAAAAACGAGGAGCGGCAAAAGUAUUCUGUAGGGAGAAAGGGGUUAAAGCACAAGGAAAAAAUAAAAGUUCGGAUAAAUGUUGGCUUGAUGGUCAUUCAGAAGGGUGGUCUAAGGCCACAACGUGGAAAAAAUAUUUCCCUUACAACAGACCCAGACAUCUCUGCCACAACUCUGCUUAGUCAGGCUGUUAAAAAAAUGAAGGACUUCAACAAAGAUAUAAAAGAUGGGCCUUUCCUUCUUCUGUAUCCAGAUGGGACAGAGGUUAUUAAUAUCCCUGGGACACAAAGACCUUUUACCCUUGGUGCUUAUAAGGCUGAAGUUGGCAAGCCAUAUCAAAGGAUUACUGUUUUCAUCUGCUUGAAAAGGGACUUUGAAGAAGUUGGAAAUUUGUCAGACUUGUCUGACUCUGACCCAGAGAUUGUUAUUAAAAAAUCCUCAGAGUUGGAUCUUGCUGAUACACUGCCAUGGGAACCUCUGGAUGAAAGCAGUCCUUUACAACAAGUGGCAGAAACAGAGGAUGAUGUUGGGGAUCUAGUGCUUUCAAAUGAAGUACAACAGGAUAUAGAUUUGGAUAACAGAAAAGAUCCAGGCACCCGUGAAUGUCUCACUGUCCAGAGCUCCUGUUACAGAAACUACACCAACCUGUUUGAACCCAUUCUGAUUGACGACGAAGACGAUGUUGAAGAUCUUACUCAUGACAAAGAGAAAGAGCUGCCUACAGAAGAGCCUGUAAAAACAAAUGUGCAGGCACAUGAAAUUAUUGCACAUCUGGCACUGGCAAUUGACCGCAAGAAGGUCAGCAGGUUCAAUAUAUGUCGGUCAGAUGUAUGGGAUGGAGCUGUUCGCGGAUUUCAACGCAGCACGUACUCUGACAGCAAUGACAUGUUCAUCAAGUUUAAUGACGAUGCUGGCUGCUUUGAAGAAGGGUUGGAUACAGGCGGCCCAAGGCGUGAAUUCCUUACACUUCUCAUGAGCCAUCUGAGAAAUCGCCCCAUCUUCGAUGGACCCCCAGAAAACCGUUAUCUUGUCUGCAAUUCAAGAGCUGCCAGGGAAGAUGAGUAUUUUUUAGCAGGAAAGAUGAUUGCUGUAUCCAUUGUACACGGGGGACCAGCACCACAUUUUCUGUCAAAGAACCUGGUCAACCACAUGAUAGGGAAUCCAAGUUUCAGCGCAACUGUAGAAGAUGUGCAAGAUGAGGAGAUAGGGAAAGUUCUGCAGCAGGUCCUGGAAGCAGAAUCAGAGGAAUCUCUGCAAAAUGUAAUUUUGCAAAACAGUACCAUGUUCCAAACUGCUGGAUGCCUCAGAAGUGUGAAGACAUGUGAGAAGCAAGCUUUUGUGGAGGAGUAUCUCAGAUGGUACAUCAUUGACAGAAACCACAGUGCCAUUCAACGAUUCAAAGAUGGAUUGGCAAGUCUUGGUUUCCUCCCUGCACUGCAGCAGCAUUCCAGUGUUCUGUCCCCAGUCUUAUGCUUCUCUGCCAAGGCCCUGACUGCUUCAGACUUGGAGACCAUGUUCAGACCAGAUCUCAGCGCAACAGGAAGCAACAGGCGUCAGAAGGAGGGAAAAACACUGGGCUUUUGGGCAGAUUAUCUCCUUGAUUCAGAAGAAAAAAUGACAGCUGUAUCUCUGGAAGAUCUGUUGAUGUUUGCUACAGGUCUGGCAGCACUUCCACCAGCAGGCAUAAUGCCACCUCCACGCCUCGAGUUUUUAAGUGAUUCACCUUUUCCAGUUGCAAACACCUGUGCAAAUACACUGAAGCUACCGCUUUUGGAAUCAUACAUUGUUUUUAAGGCAAACAUGGACUUUGGGAUCCAAAAUGCUCCAGGAUUCGGCUGUCAUUAAAUCUAAGGUCAAAUGCCAGUUACUGAUUCCUGUUCAGUCUAGUUCAGAUGCUGUUGGCAUACUACCACUGUAAGCAAGUUUUGUAACACAUUGAAGCGAAAAGCUACUUUAGUGUUUUGCUAAACAUUUUUGGUGUUUUUUGGUUCGCAGAGCUAAAUAAUUUACAGUAUAGGCAAGUUGAAACAUGCUGAACACGUUGUUACAGAGUUUUAUUCAGAAUGUGUCAAGUCUGUCUUCAGGGUUAAGACUGAAUACACAGUUCAUUUUAAAUGUUUUAAUCCACCUGUCGCUUUGUAUGUUUUGAAUAAUGUAUUACUUUUCAUUUUAGCAGAAGGAACAGGAAACAAAAGAUCAAAAAUUUGGGUUCAGGUAGUUUGUCCAAAACCUGGCUAUAUCUUUCAGCAAUAAAUACAGUUCUGUGGCUGAUUCCCAGUC